AUGACCCCUAGUAUGAUAAGUCUUCUUAUCGCCAUUGCUUGUUUGCCGUGGGUAAAGGGUCAGUAUCCUAAAGUUUGUGUGAACCUUGAAAGCCUGAAAAACAAGACGUGCUGCCCGAAACCAAACGGCUACCAUGAGCCAUGUGGUAGCGAUGGAAACCGUGGAGAGUGCCAGGAAUUGAGAGUUCGCCGGUGGAACGGUACUUACAGUCAUUACCAAGAGUUCCACAAGAAGGACGAGCGCCACAACUGGCCCAAUGCACUCUUCAACAGAACUUGCAAGUGCAAGUCAAACUUUGCCGGAUAUGAUUGUAGCAAGUGUGAGUACGGUUACUAUGGUUACGACUGCAAACAGAAAAGAACCCUAAAGCGUGGAAAUUUUGCGCAAUGGACAAAGGAGCAGAAAGACCGCUUCAUGAGUUACAUCAACAAAACAAGGUAUGUAUCGAUAUGUAAAAGAAUUUUCCACUACGCAGCACGACAUCAAUCGAGAAAACAUUAGGUUUAUUUUGGAGUUUCGGCGGAAUAACAACUAAUAAGUUAUAUUACAACCUCUUACACUUUUCACACUUCUGACAUUCAAACAUGUGCUUCAUAAACUAUUAUUGUUAGAACGAGGCCCAGAAAAAAAAAAACAGUAGGGGGAAAAAGAGGCAAGAAAUCUGGGUGGGUCGGAACCAUGACUGAUCUUAAAAGCCCCUAUCUAGCUUACGAAGUCUACGCGGCUCGAACGUAUCUGCCCAAGUUUACUAAACUAAAAGUCGCAUGUAUUCCAACAGAGCAUGGUAAACUUCAAAUAAAUUUUUGAAUCAAUAAAUAUUUCAAUUAAACUAGAAAAACGCGUCUUGCAGACCCUCGCGAGACAUAGAAUGCCACUCAAUAAAUUAAAUAAACAAAUAAAUUAAAACAAAUAUCGUGAGCUGAGCGAAGUGUUGGUCUAGAAUGCUCUCCCACGUGAUAUUAUAUUAAGUAUCCCUUAUGUAGCACUCCGUUCUACUCAUGCUGCACUUCAACUGAAACCGCCCCAGUCCCCACUGCUCCCUGGUGCAGAAAUAUUUCAUUUCCGGCUUUACUUCACUUCCGGUAUUCACUGAAAAGCCGGAAAUUUCAUGUUUCUUUUCUAACCCAGUUAAGGAUUAGCAAGUUAUAGUUAAUAUCUCUCAAUUUGACCUAACAUUUCACCCGGAAAAUAGUAGGAUCAAUACCAGCCGCUGUUCGGGAAAUGAUCAUGAGCCCGCGCUUCUCCCGAAUGGUCUCUUCUCGGGGAAGAAGAUCGGAACAAGAUCGGAACAAGAUCGGAGCCGAGAGAGCGGUGGAAAUAGUGCUUAGCAAAACUUUCGAAGUCUAGAUUUCGUGGGUUUGUGAUGAUUUCUGAAUCAGAUGAACUGUAGGCGACCAGCGGCUGCUGACGUCGAUUCAGUGUGGACAUGUGCGGCUUUUUGUCUGUGCAAUGUGCAUUUUUUGGUAAGAGCUCGCGCGGUCAUUGAAAACAACGCAGUGGUGCUAAAUUUGACAGGAAAAAGGAUCGAACUGUUACCUUGCCAACAUCAAAAUGUGUAGAAGCCGGGCUUUACUAAGAGGACUGUCGUGACUGUUAUUUUUGUUGUGUGAAUAUGUGCUCUUAAUUAAAAGAAAACGUUAUCUUUUUCUUUUUUAUAAUUUUUGUCUUCUGCAGGUAUGUCGACAGCGAAUACGUUGUUACCACAAGCUCUUACCAACAAAUACAAGACCAAAUAGCUGGCAGAGGGGACCCCACUGGUUUGUUUAGCAAUAUCACGACCUUUGAGUUAUUUGUAUGGAUUCACCACUUUACAGUGCUUAAAAACGUUCCUCCUGAUAACAACAUGGAAGCAGGCAGCGACUUUGCUCAUGAAGGACAGGGUUUUCUCACAUGGCAUCGACUUUUUAUCCUGACCGUGGAGAGAGCAAUUCAAGAAGUGACUCUUGACUAUAACUUCGCCAUGCCAUACUGGGAUUGGACCAGCAAUAAAGAAACGUGCGAGAUCUGUACCGAAGACUUACUUGGAGUGGCAGGAGAGAAUGGUACUGUUAAAGGGAAAUACUUGAACGACUGGCACACUAUUUGCAAUGAAAAAGAAACGCUACAAAAGACACAAAUAUGCGACCUUAAGCAUAAAAAACCCUUUCUGAAGCGUUUGAAAGACAGCGACAGAAAGGUCCAUGAGGAUUUUCCAACCAAAGAUGAGGUGAAUUUUGCUCUUCGCUUUGAACAGUUUGAUCUUCCUCCCUACAACAGAAAUUCAAGCUGCAGUUUUAGAAACCUCCUCGAGGGAUUUGUAAACACUUCGACUGGUUAUCCGACGCCAAAUGUCCACACCCUUCAUAAUCAGGUACACUAUGCAAUAGGGGGUACGAUGAAAAGCUCGUUUUCAUCGGCUAAUGAUCCCAUAUUCUUUCUCCACCACUCAUUUGUUGAUCGGAUUUUCGAGAAGUGGCUUCGUAAGUACAACAAAGAUGCUUCUAUUCUUUCUUCACACGGAGCACCACUUGGCCACAACAGAAGGGACAUUAUUGUUCCACUGAUUCCUGUGUACACGCAUGAAGAAGUUUUCAAGAAGUCGUUUGAGCUUGGUUACGACUUCGAGGAUGUUGAUGGAAAAGGUAUGUUCAAUAAUGAUUUCCAGUCGUAAGCUGGUGUGAAAUUUGAUAUUAAGGACAUCUGAUCAUGAUGACUACUGGAUUGGGCGUAAGACUACUAACUCAAAAUUUAGGUGUUGCUUAAUCAUUCACGUUGCCAUGGCAACGACGGAAAACUAAGUUGAACAUAAUAAAUUUCAAGUAUUACAAAUAUAUUUUGUACAUGCGAAAUUUGAGUUUUAAUAAUACGUGGAAUAAGGUACCUGGUAAAACACCUCGAUAAGUGGUAACCACUCACAACCUUUCGAACUCUGUUCCUCCACCACUGCAAGCAGAUCUUGGAAUCUUUUUGCCUGAGAGGCAAUCAGUCCAUAGGCCUGCGCCAGUAUGUAUGUUACGAAAGAUGUCAUUGUCAAAGGUUUUACGGGUUUUUAACGUUUGCUUGACAAUUUAAGCUCAUCUGGACGCUGUAGGCUCUUAUACUGCAUUUUGUGCGACGGGAGGAAGAGAAGGCAAUUAUGCAGCAAAUCCUCACAUUUACAAAUGAAUUGUUUUGUUUUGUUUUGUUUUUUUCUAAGGAAAUUCGGCUGACGAUGAGAAAUCUUCGCCGUCCUCUUGGGGUACUUGUCCAGCGGGAUCAGCGGUCAGUAGAACAGAACCAUCAGCUACCGUGAGAAACAACAACACUUGCAAAAUUCUCGUGGGCGUUCUCGCGGCUUUCCUGCUUUUCUGUUAA